AACUUUGACAUAGAUUAAGCCUGAGUGGGAAUGUCUGGAAUGUGAUCAAACAAUUUAAUAUACUGACUAUUGCUGGGGCGAAUUUUUUAUUGUAUACAGAAAGGAUUCAAACGUGCAGUGAGAACUGCAACAUUAUCGGCAAAUAAGAGAGAUAAUUAGUUGACUGUGACGUACAUCAAUUGUUACUGUCGGGAACAGUUUUCAUUGAUAAGAACGAGAGAACCCGAACGUAUCGGCAGACGUAGUGUUGUUAUAUCGGGUUGUAUCUAUAGAAGGAUGGAUUAAAUCAAGAUGAAGGAUGUAAACGACGGGUUUAAACAAUAACAUUGAAAUGAACCAGUUUAGUUCACGAUAUUUAGUGGCAGACUUUAUUAAUGACCGACUUCGUAAACAUGGAAUGCGGUGGGACAACUGCCCUACGUUAGACUUGCCACCAUCACAAAUUCAGCUCAAAUUACGAUCACUUGGGGAUGAAUUCCAAGAAAGAUUUCAGACUCAGUUUGACGAUAUGGUCAACCAAUUACACAUAACAGAGGCUACUGCAUAUCCAACGUUUCAAAGAGUUGUUCAGGAAUUAUUUAUUGAUGGGAAUAUUAACUGGGGAAGGAUUGUGGCUCUUUUCGGUUUUGGUGGGUCUUUGUCAGUGAAAUGUGUACAAAGAGGAAUGCCACAACUUGUGGAUUCAAUCGUUGACUGGGUAUCUACCUAUUUGUGUAAUAGUUUAGAGCAAUGGAUUACAGAUAACGGUGGUUGGCAAGGAUUUGUGGAAUUCUAUAACCAAGGACAGAACCAUAAUGACAGUCCAUGGGAUGUGAAAGGACUUGUUAAAUAUGGAGCAAUAGGUGUAAUAGGCGCAAUGGCGUUAGGUGCUUUUCUACAAAGAACGUGAAAAUGCCUUGAUUGGCAUAUUGUUGUUGUUUUUGUUAUUGUUAAUCAGGUUAAAUGGAUGAAACUCUGACUUCAUUGGAUGUAUAACAGGGAUACAGUGGAUGAUGAAGAAGAUAGAGAAGACUGACUACUAUGAGACACACUAGGGCAUGUGUUGGAAUGGAAGACCAUAGGAUUUACUACCAAAUAAUAAAUAAUCUGAAUAAACGGAAGAAUAUAUUUUGAUGUUAAAUUGAAGAAGAAAUUUUUGUUAAUACUGUGUAAUGAAGUUUUUUUUGGAGUAAAGAAUUAUUUGAAGUUUUGGAAACCUAAGGUUUUGAUGUUGUGACUAUGUUUUGUAAACUGUGUUUUAAGGUACAAGUUUUUAAAUGUCCAAAAUACAUAGAUAAAUUUCAUUAUUUGUGUUUAUUUAUUUUUAAGGGGUAGAUUUAAAAUAUAUAUGUAUCAACAAAUUAUCUAUAUUUUUUUUCUCUUUGUCACAACUGAAACCUGGUUUAAAGUUUAAAAUAUUGGUAAUGAAAUUUAUGUCAGAAUACAUUGCACAAAUAAAUUCAUAAAUGUCAAAGUUUCUAAAUUUAAUGUACCAAAAAACUUAAAUUUAGAAGACAUUUUUCCCACAUAAAGCAACAGUUAUUUCCUCCGCCUAUUGUCCUAACACAAUGAAUAAAAUAUUAUGAAAUUGAAACUUAAAUCGUACAUACAUGUUUUUACAAGAAAGUAUGAAUCAUUUGCAAAUUUUUUUGAGUAGGAUGUAUCAAACUUCUUGUUGUUUAAUAUUACAUGGACUUCAGGAAUGAACAAUAGGGCAAGGCAUUGACUGUCUAUCAGAAAGUCAAAAGUACAAUUGUAAAAAAAAUCAACUGAUAAAUUCUGGUUUAUUUCAAAAGUUCAAUAUUUUUUUUAAUAAGAACUACAUCAUUUGAAGAAUUUACAACACUUUAUAUAAGUUACUGAUUAGAUGUCAAAAGAAUUUAGGAGAAUUUGCUAUUCCUUAAAUAUAUAGGUACUUGCAAACUCCAACUGACUUGAAUCCUGAACAGGGUUGUUUGCUAAAAUGGUGAUAUCUUUUGUAAGAAGGGAUUUUGAAAUUACUUUAAACAAAUGCCACCUAAAGAUGAACAUUGUGAACAAAAAUGUCAUGUCCAUUGUGUUUCUUAAAAUUUUCCUUUUUUUGUUAUAAAUUUAAAGCUUCAAGGCCUUAGAUAAAAGAAAUCAAUUUUGUUGAAGCACAGCAUUUAUAAAAGAACAACAGAAUAGCAUGUAAUGAAAUAAACCAAUUUGAUUCUUAAUUUGAAAAUCUGCUAUUUACAAUAAUCAAAACAUCUGACAAACAGUUGUAUAUUGAUUUAUAACAGAAAAUACUGCUUGAUUUGUUCUUUCUUUACAGUUUAGCAGUUACAACUUCUUAUUUAAGAAUAUGUAUUGAGAUAAAAGUUAGGCUUGGGUUUACAGAUUCAUAUUUUUUCAGGGUCUUCCCAUAAAUCAGUUGAACCUUAGAACUGUGUUUUCUUUCUAUGUAUUUUAGAUAAAGACUUACGAGUACCAUAACUAAAACCGAAAUAAUCAAACUUUUUAACCUAUUAUAAAUACUUGACGUUUUAUGGGCAUUGUGAGUGGAUUUUCCAAUGCACUAUUAUUUACUACACAAAAUAACCUACAAUGAUCUCAAACUGUCCAUGUUUUACUAAAUAGUUUACUGUUUUCAUUUUGUGAAAAAACAUUAUUGUUUUAAAACAUGGGUGUAAAAUUUGGCAUCCACAUUUAUGUCAGUAAUAUAUCUUAUUUUAUUUUAUUUUCCUGGUAGCUGUAUUAACUAACUCUGACAGUUCAGAUCAUGUGUACAUAUGAAUACAGAAGCAUUGAGUUGACAAUAGUUACAUUAUGGGGAAAAUGAUAUAUCUUCACCGAAGAGUUGAUUUUAAUUUUUUAAUCUAAAAAAAGAUUUGGGAUUUUCAUAAAUUUGUUUAGAUUGUGUAUCAAGGAAAUUUACAGAGAACAUUUCCUUGUCAACAUUUUUACAAAAAGACUUGUUUUACAAGGGCAGGAAACUGCUAUCAAGGCAAUAUGUACAUGUAGGUUUGACCCUUGGAAAAACUUAUUUGAUUAAAGAAAACAUUAACUGAUGUACAUAUCAAAUGUUUGUUAAAGUUAAGUCAGAUCAGAUAGGGCACACACUAACAAAUACUCAGGCCAAAACUCAUUGAACAAGAGAAAUGAGUCAUUUAGAAAAUUGAAAUAAAUCCAUUAAAAGGAGUAUGUGUAAGGAUUUUCUUUGACAGAUGUAAUAGUAUGCCAGUUGUUUGGGAGUAACCAUAUGGAUGUGUUAUUGAAAUUUAACAUAUGCUUUAAACACUUGGUUUGGUUCUCAGAUAUACAUGUAGUUACUUUAGUAAAAUACUAAAAUCUACUAGUCAAAGUAAAUAUCAACCCUUGUCAUUGUUUCCCAUGAAGUCAGUUUUAUUUUUCCAUUUUACUUUAUAUGUUAUACUUGCAUUUCUAAGUUAGCGAAGGAGAAAGUCAUUCAGAGAGUGGUCAGUUUGAGUAGAUCUAAAGGAGAAAGUCCUUCAGAGAGUGGUCAGUUUGAGUAGAUCUAAAGGAGAAAGUCAUUCAGAGAGUGGUCAGUUUGAGUAGAUCUAAAGGAGAAGUGUGCAAGUUAAAGCUGUUGAUUGUGCAUUUGUGUGUAUCUCUUGUUUUCAUUUCAUAUUGUAUUUUUCCUUUAAAAUCAUAUUUUGUUAUCUUUGGCAGCAAGACUUUGUAUUUGUUUCCCUGAAAUAUCUUAGUUUCUCUGAAUGCAUUGAACAUUGUUUACUGUAAAAAUGUUUUUAAUAGAUUUAUAUUUUUCACUUUUAUAGGAUAGUAGAUGACUUAGAAUUUAAAAGAUCAUUAUGGAGUAUGAAAAGUCCUGUUUUAAAUAUUACAUAAUAUUUAUUCACCGAUAUUUCACGGUCUUUUGGUCUUCUAAAUUUUAACUUGAGGCAAUUUAAUGUAAACAUGAUGUUCUUGUUAUUUUGGAAGUUUUUCCAUCCCAUAAUAAUCAUGAUAAUAGAGUUAUUGCAGGAAUAUUGGUAAAUAUUAUCAAUCAUCAAAUAUAAAUUGCACCAAUACACUCAACAUAAAGGUCUCCUCUAAAAAUAAAUGUUCACCAAAUAUUUGUACAAUAACCCUAUAUAUUAUACAAGUAGGACUGAAGAAGUUAGAUAUAAAUUAAGAACUUUAACAUUUAUAUACUUUACAAGGUUAAAAAACUAAAAUGUGUAAUGCAUAUGCUUUGAUGAGUUUUUGCAAUAAGCACAAACGCUUGCAAGUUAUAUUCCAUGGAAAAUUGUUGCCUUUGAGAUGCAUAAACUAUGGAUUAAUGAGAUCUCAAAGUCAAACUUUGUAGUAUAUUUGUAAAAGAAGUAUUGAUUUGUGAAAAUGUAUCCAUCAGAAUUUCAUAUUGGUAUGCAUUCAUUAUUAUUUAAAUAGUUUCAAGAUUGAUCCUUCAUGAAACAUGCAUGCAGUGUUAAAAGUCAAUAGCACUGUGACAUAUUCAUUCAUAUGUUAUUCAUGAAGCAUGAUAUUUUUUAUUAUUAUGUCCAUGAUCAUGCUAAAGCUUUAUUUUUACCUUUUUUUUGCCACAAUUUACCAUGAAUGUAAAAAAAAAAUUUAGGUCAAAAAUGAGUCAUCUGGAAAAUUGAGAAUGAAGAUUGAAUUCAUUCAUAAGUAGAAACACUUUAAUUUGUGCAGCAUUUACAAAAGUGAAGUAUAUGACAGUACAUCCUGACAUGGAGUUAAAACAAUCAAAUAUAUUUCUAUUUUUAAAACUGCUUUUUAAUCAAUGAUUAUUGAGUCCAUAUAUGGACACAAAUAUUGUCAUAAGCCUAAAUCUUUAUGUAAAGGCUUUACCACUAAGUUGUGAGUUUAAGAGUUGUAAUUAUGGUAAAAUCUCAUAAGCUUAUGUAAUAUUUGGACACAAAAAUUGUCAAAGGCUUAAAUCUUAAUGUAAAUGCUUUACCACAAAGUUUUUAAUUAUGGUAAAAUCUCAUAUGUGUAUGUAAGCAAUGUUACAUUUGAUGAAAUUAUCUCCCUUUCUAAAUAAUUACAAAGCAGGGAAAAUUUAAAAAGCUGUUUUAGAAUUAUACCUUUUAGCAGUCAGGUGGAACUGUUUAAAAAAUGUAAAAAUGUAAAUAUUGACUUGAUGUGAUAGAGUAGUUCAGGAGAGGAAAAACAUCAAAUUAGAGAUAGACCAUUUUGUUUUUUGAACAUUUUUUGAAGGAUAAUUAAUAGGAAACAUUUAUUUUGUUUAGUUCUUAUUCUUUGUUUCGUGCUUUUACAACAAGCAUAAAGGUAUAAUGGUAAUAUUGAAUAGUAAAUACCCUCCAGAAUUAGUGCUAACAAAGGUCAAGUUUACACAGUAAAUGAUUGUAUAGAAGUGCAGAAUUUACAUAAUGAUAGAAGACAACACUUUGGAGAUUAUAAUAUGUUGAAUAUUUUUCUGAUUUCAGUUUAUUACUUUUUGAGGAUUUAUAGUUGUUUUGGUUUGAUAAGGCUCAUAUUCAUAAUUUAUACGAAAAAUCAAUAAAAUUCUGUGUGUUUAAAUAGGGUAACAUUGAACUGAUAAGAUACAUAAAUCUACUUUCUCAUUCACUCACAUAUCUGCUUGUUUUUGAUUGGUCAGAAAGGGAGUCAUAUAAGAUAAUUUUUAUCUGUCCUUGAGUUUUUUUUAUUACCAUUGUAUUUAUUUGUUUACAAGUGGCAGUUUAAUAUUGUUCUACUUCAGAUAUUGUGAUAUAAGGUAUGAAUGUUGUAAAGAAGGAUCAUUGUAUGAUCUGUAAUCAGUUGAUGAAGAAUGGAUAUAUAUUUUGUGCUUGAUUAAAUAAUGUACAAAACUA